AUGCCAGUCUACAGAAAUUGGACCACAUCCCUCAAUCGGGCCGAUACCCCGAUACCAAAGCACCGAUCCUCGUUUAUUAGCCCCUGCGGAACAGAAACGGUGGCGGGCAAGAUCAGAACAGAGCCAACGGGCUGGAAAUCCAUACAAAUAGCAUCGCCCGCGGUUGAGGGCGAGCGUGGAGACUUGCAUGAUGGCAGCUACAUUGAGUACGUCUGCUCAGGGACACAUAGUCCGGACCGUUUGGUUUCCGCCGGAGACCGGUCUGCUAGUUAUUCAAUUACUGACGUGGAGUGCACUCAUGUAGACGGGGCGCUCAACUCAGCCCCUGACACGCCCUCUACCAUCUAUCCCGAUCGUCUGAUCCGUCCUCUCCCAAGACGAACACUGCGCUCUCGCCUGCCGUCUGAUGCCGCGGACACAAUCUACUACCCACCCACUCCACCCGCAUCCCAGAUCUUCUAUGGAGUCUCUGCAGACUCCGAAGAGGCGGUGAAUGAGUCCAAGGUCUAUGUGCAGCAGACCGUGGAGACUGAAUUCUCGCCGGAGGUGGACACACAUAGUUUUGAGACGGCAGUAGAGUUGGAGAGUGGGGAUGAAGAUGGUCCUGUAGUGGUCCGCCGCAGUGGUGUCCGGAGGUCUUCUCUCUCUCCCUCUCCCUCCUCCAACGGUCAUCCCAACUUCCCCGCCGACGCACCCCAAGCCAAGUCCUCCUCGUCUGGCCCUGACGGCUACGACGCCUUUGAGAAUACCAAUAACAAGAAAAAGCGGAAGAUUCCCACCCCCGGGAAUUUGGGAGGACACCACUCUGCCUUGUCCCCCGAAUUCGCCAGCAUGGGAUGCGCGAGCUCAACCCCCGCGCCGCCCCCGCCUCCACCAGAGUCGACGGGCACAUAUUAUGGGAAUGGAAACCCGGCGUCGCCAUUAGGAAGUGGGAUCUCCGGCUCCGGGCGAGGUCGACUUGGAAGACCAGUGGUUCGCAGCAGCAGCAGAACUCCGCUCUCGGCCAAUGCCCAGAAUGGAUGGAUGCACACGCGGGCGCCGAGUCGACGCGAGGGGCUGAUGUCAUCUCCUGAUCCUUCCGCCGAGUCGUCCGACCAAGGAAUCAUUUCAACUGCCAUCGCAAACGCAACACUCUCCUCCCCUCCCCGGGGUCCCAGCAACGUCAGUCUGCUGGAACAAGAAAACACCACUCCCACAAAGACUCAGUUCACAUUCACCUGUGAGUCCGAUUCGUCAAAGGGAAUGGCCAUGCAAAGAAACUUCUCCAUUCCCAACCGUUCACCAACGUCGCCUCUCGGUCCUGCAAGCCAGAAGCAGAGAGGAAUCCCUACACAGGCAGCACAGACUAGUCCCAACAUGGGCGCAAACAUGAGCCACGGCCCACCGGGCACGCAGCCAGCCGCUCAAAAUGGCGAACCACCCGUGGUCCCGAAGAAAAAGCGGUCACCAGCCAGCGUCUACGCCAUGUCCGCACGGCAGCGCAAGAUCCAGCAACAAUACACGAACCUGCACCAUCCUCCAAGUCUGGAGGACAUUUGGAUUUGUGAAUUUUGCGAAUACGAGAGUAUCUUCGGGCGUCCACCUGAGGCUCUCAUCCGACAAUAUGAAAUGAAAGACCGCAAGGAGCGCAAGCGACUGGCGGAAAAGAAGCGGCUUUUGGAAAAGGCCAAAAUGAAAGGUCGCAAGACCAAGAAGGCUACUAAGAACGCAUCGAAGAAUGCGCAGCCCUACCAACAGGGAUAUGACCGCGCCUCGGUUGAACACUCCUCCGCUGGCGGCUCGGCACUUCCCGACGACGAAUACAAUGGUCACGAGUACGAUGAUGAACAUUCUCCAAUACCUCCCUCUGCGCCCGCCUCGCCUACUGAUCUCAAACCCCCGCUCCCGGCCGGCAAUCAUCCAAAGAUAACGGCUUCCGCUCCAGGCAUCAAAGGAGCUGCGGACGCGGGGGCAAGUCGACCGGCAUAA